AUUCAAUUAACCCUAUACAUAAUUCAAAUUUUUAGGUAAACACUGCUGUUUGUUCUGUCAUGCAACAGCAAAUGAAAUGAAAGUUUUCAAAAAAGAAAGACCUGUUAUAGAACUACGUACGAUUGAAAGCCUUCAAAAUGAUUUUGAAAGAUUUAAGAAAAAUGGUGGCGCAAAGGAAAAUGCUAAAUAUUACAAUAAUGUUAUUACAGAACCAAUUUUAAAAAUACCUCUAGAUCAGGUUUCUUUACCAAGUCUGCAUAUUGCUCUUGGUGUAUAUUUGAAAAUUUUUAACAUGUUUGAAGAAGCAGCCCAUGAAGUUGAUAUUAUGUUGGCUGCAUCAAUAAAAAAUAAAGACAGUUUUUUAUAUGACUCAUAUCAAGACUUUAUUUUAAAACAACAACAUAUAUCAGAUCUUGAAAUCUGUAUCGCUAAUCUUGACGAUCAAAUUGAGCUAGUAAAUGAUGCUGUAGCUGCAGCUAUAUUAAAUAAUCCUGAAAAUGUAGAAAAUGUUCAGUCAAUAUACAUCCCUCAACUUGGUUCUCUAAACAGAGCACAUAUGGAAAAAGUAAGGAUAUCUUUAAAAUUAAUAACUAAUAAACAUAAAUUAUAUAAUUUUAACUAUUAUUUAUUCUAAGCACAUUAUUAUUUAAAUUAGAGAUAGGAAUUGAAUCUUUUGUUCAGAAAAACUUUAGAUCUAACCAAAGCCGAAAAGUUUGGGUUCUGUUUGGUUAGAUCUAAGGUUUGGGAUAAGGUUCGGUUUGAUUUUAUGAAAAUUAUCAAAAAUUA